AUGAACUCAGCACCCUUCCAACCACCAAGUCCCGUUCCUCCUCGGACAAGCUCAGCAAAUGCAACAAAUGGCACCGGGGGCUCCUCCCACCGACGCAUGCUGUCAGUGACAGAUGAAGAGCCGACGAAAACCGGACAUCGUCGCAACAAGUCAAGCGUGGACGGCACCAAGUACAAGGAUGGAACAUGGUCAUCGAAGAACGACAAGAUCCUCAUGGGGCCGUAUGACUACGUCCACGAGCACCCAGGGAAAGAUAUUCGGCGACAACUGAUCCACGCCUUCAACGCCUGGCUGCAGGUCCCGCCGGCGAGCCUGGCGAUCAUCACCAAGGUCGUAACGAUGCUGCAUACAUCAUCGCUAUUAAUCGACGACGUCGAAGACAACUCCGUCCUCCGCCGCGGCAUCCCCGUCGCGCACAACAUAUUCGGAACAGCGCAGACAAUCAACUCCGCAAACUACGUGUACUUCCUCGCGCUGCAAGAAGUGCAGCAGCUCAACAACUCUGCCGCAAUCGACAUCUACGUACAGGAGAUGCUGAACCUGCACCGGGGCCAGGGAAUGGACCUCUUCUGGCGCGACACGCUGACCUGCCCGACGGAAGACGAGUACCUGGAAAUGGUCGGCAACAAAACGGGCGGGCUUUUCCGCCUCGCGGUGAAACUCAUGCAGGCGGAGAGUACAACGGGAAAGGACUGUGUUGCCCUGGUCAAUGUCAUGGGCUUGAUUUUCCAGAUCUGCGACGACUACCUCAACCUCUCGAAUACGGUUUACACGGAGAAUAAGGGAUUCUGCGAGGAUCUCACUGAGGGCAAAUUUUCCUUCCCGAUUAUUCACAGCAUUCGCUCGAACCCAUCCAAUCACCAGUUGAUUAAUAUCCUGAAGCAAAAUACCAAGGAUCCGGAGGUUAAGCGCUAUGCGGUGCAGUACAUGAAGAAUACGGGCAGCUUUGCGCACACCAGCCGGGUUGUCGGGGAUCUGCGAGAUCAGGCGUUUGCAUUGAUUGAGACGAUUGAUGCUACGCCGAAGAUCAAUGGAGCUGGUGAUGGACAGAUGGUGCGUGCUAUUGUGGAAAAGAUUGUGGAAUCGACGCUGUCGGAUCCCAAUGCAUGCUAG